UCUCGUCCUUCGAAUCCCUUCCACGUACCAUCCUGGCGAUUGUUGUGCGGGCUUGGCUUUUCGGAGAAUAUGUGAAAAUCACACAGUUGAACAACGAGCCUCCUCCCCUGUUCUCGGGACAUCUUCUCUUUCCCUUUUUUUCUUUCCCUCCUUUCGUCACGCCCUUCUUUUAAUCGUUCUUGUUGUUUGCGUUCCCUUGUGCGCGUCUGAUACUACUGGAAACGGUGCUACUACGCCUGCCUCGCAAGUCAAGCCGGUCUUUACGGAAAUGCAGCAAAGAUGACGGAACACGAUGUCGUCCGCCACCAGAACAUACAAGAUUCGGAGGAUUCCACGGGCAGCCUGUCGCCGCUGCCGCCGGUCCUUACCAAUGGCCUCGCCGCCGUGGCCAUGUUUGGCUUUCUGAGCUUUUUAUCGUGCGUAUGGCUCUUCGGUUUUCUCACCUACAAGUUCGUCCGGUGGCAGGUUCGGCCUCGCCCAGACAAGACGGCCACCUCUCCAGUCCCGGAAUCGCCCGUCGCGUCGGAUGCAAAUGGGUUUCUCGUCCCAGCCUCGCAUUUGUGCCCUCAAAAGGACGACAAGUGGAGAGCGCCAAAGGAGGGCUUCUUCCAGCGUCUCCGAAACAACCCCCCAAACCAGUUCCUCAUGCUCAUCUAUAACCUCCUGCUCGCCGACAUCCAACAGGCAAUGGCGUUUCUGCUGAACGUGACCUGGCUGUCGCGGCACGCACUCGAGGUUGAGAACUCGGUCUGCUGGGCACAAGGCUGGUUCAUCUCGACGGGCGACCUGGCGUCGAGCGUCUUCAUCAGCGCGAUCGCCGUGCACACUUAUCUGGGCGUCGUCAAGGGCUACCGAUUACCGACAAGAAUCUUCUACGCGGCCCUUGCCUUCUUGUGGUCGUUCAUCUACGGAUUGGCAAUCCUCGGGGUUAUCAUCACUCGGAAUGGCGAGGGGGUCGGGGGCCUCUAUGUUCGUGCGGGUGCAUGGUGCUGGAUCAACUCAGCUUACCAGGACCUCCGUUUAUAUCUGCACUAUCUCUGGAUUUUUCUGUCUCUCGCGCUUACUACGAUCGUCUACAUUGCAAUUUUUCUUCAUCUGCAGAUUCACAGCAAGCACAGCCCGUCCACAUGCCACUCAACCGGUUCGGCCCACAACCUGACCGGGGAGAAAUUUCCGAACCCGGACCCCGCGAGCGGUUCGGCGGUGCCGUCUCUGGCGCCGAGUUCUCCACGUUCCGUGACAAGCAUGUCGUUCAAGCAGCUCCCGCAGGCCCCCUCAUCCGCCCGCCAUCCGACUUUCCUCCUCUAUCCCAUCAUCUACGUGCUGUGCACGGCGCCGCUUGCCGCGGGCCGCAUCGCGUCCAUGGCCGGGAACAACGUGCCGCUGUCGUACUUUUGCUUCGCCGGCGUCAUGAUUGCGAGCGCCGGGUGGCUGGACGUGGCGCUGUACUCGACCACACGGCGCGCCAUUGUCUUCUCGGGUGAGGCUCCGCCGUCGCAAGACACGGGGCUAGACACGUUCGCCUUCAUGCGGACCCCGGCAGACCGCAAGUUCGGCAACGUCGUCUUGGUGUCGGCCAACGACCCCAAGGGCACGAACAAGCGCUGGGCCGGGUGGAGCACCACGCCCAAGAAGAGCGCGGCGGCGCGGCUGAGGAGCCUCGGCAGCGGCAACAACUCGCGCAACGGCAGCAAGGACACGGUCAACAGCAGCAUGCAGGGCUUCGGCAUGGGCGACGGCGAGGUCAUGGGCAUGGCCAUACAGUGCGAGACAACGACCACGGUCACGGUCGAGCAGGUUGUCGAGGAGAAGGAGAGAAAGGGGAGCGACGCGAGCUCUGGCUCUGGAUCGAUUCCCGCGGCCACGCGGCCGAUACAAAUACCAUCUUGAGGAAGAGAUGGACGCGAACCCAUGUUGCUUUCGUUCCUGGUGGACAAGGUGCACAUGUACGAGAGACACCGGUAAUGAAUGGGGGUGUGCGAUAAUGAGAUCGACGCACUACGGUCACUCUUUUGCUGUCUAAUUUGCUUUGUCUUCGCUAUAGAAGAAAAUUGGAGUUACUGGGUCGGGAUUGAUGCUGGUUUACGAAAGGGCGGGAACGAAAGGGCGGGCACGAAAGGCGGGUACGAAAGGCGGGCACGAAAGGGCGGGUACGAAAGGGCGGGUGGAAGGAGUAUGGGCAAGGACAGGACGGAAAUACACUAGGACGGUGUCAGAUAGAUACCCAUAUUUCUUUGCCAUCGUUUCUUUUUUCACGCCUUGAGCCAGGCUGUGGCUCUCGGCCCUUAUUUUCUUCUUUCUUUGUUAUUUCGCAAUGGGGCUUUUCUCAAUUAGUGCAUAGCUUCUACGUACACCUAUCUUAAUCUUCUACGUACA